CGCCAACUUGUAGGAGGCUGUCUAAAGUCAUAUAGAGAAACUGAAAUCUUGCAGUUGCGUUUUAAACUCUUGCUGAACGACACACACAACAAUGCUGGAGGUGGAUAAAAUCCUAGAAAAAUGCGGCGAUUUUCAUCGAAUGCAAUGGAUAAUGCUGUUGCUAUUUUGUCUGAUCAAUUUGUUAUCGGCAAUGCAUUAUUAUUCACAGACCAUUAUUAGUUUUGUGCCCACAUACUGGUGUGCGGAUGGUUUGGCUGCAGAUGAAAGUAGGAGAGUAGCACCUGCUAAAUCCAGUUGCCUGCCCUUGAAUUACAAUCGGAAUAGUUCGACAGAUACGUGUGAGAUCUAUAACUAUGACUUAUACAUGGGCUAUGAGAGUUAUACGAGCGAUAUGAGUUGGAUAUGUGAUCAAGCAUGGAAAUUAACUCUGGGACAAUCAAUGUUCUUUGUGGGCUCUGUGAUCGGUACCCUCUCAUUGGGUUAUCUGGCCGAUAUAGUGGGCAGAUUACCCAUCUUGGUAGUAGCCAAUGUUAUAGCAAUGUUGGGAAAUCUACUAACCAUUUGGGGUACAAAUUUAAUACUGUUCUGUACAUUCCGGCUGAUCUCGGGCUUUGCCACGGACAGCAAUUUCGUCAUGAUGUAUAUAUUGGUUAUGGAAUACCUGCGUCCUUCAUUGCGUACCAUAGGUCUGAGUCUUUGCAUUGGCCUCUUCUAUUGCCUGGGCUCAAUGCUUGCUCCAUGGUUAGCCAUUUUGGUGCAAAGUUGGCGUGGCUUCUUACUAUGCACCUCAUUGCCGCUUCUUCUGGUGCCUCUCUUCUAUUUCAUAGUACCCGAAAGUGUGCAAUGGUUAAUCUCUAAGCAGAAAUACGAUCAAGCCGUGGCCUGCCUUAAACGUGUGGCCCAAAUCAAUGGCCGACAGGUGAUCGAAUCUCAUUUUGAAGAGUUCAUUGAAGAGUGCAAAUUCAGUCAACAGCAUACAAAGUGCACACCAAAUCUGUUGGAUCUCUUCAAGACAUCAAGAUUGCGUCGUCAUACAUUGAUAUUAUUUUUUAAAUCCAUGGUCAUCACCCUCUGCUAUGAUGCCGUUUCCCGCAAUGUUCAGGGUCUUGGCAUUUCGCCAUUUGUGAUGUUCUCGCUGAGUGCCACCACGAUAUUACCAGCGUGUCUGCUGCUGAUUGCUCUGCAAGAUCGCAUUGGUAGGAAGGCAAUGGCAUCCAUUUCAUUACUAUUGAGUGGCCUUUUCAUAUCGGUAACGGGCUGCAUACUCUUCACCGCGACCACCAAAACCAGCGAGAAAACCACCAUCCUGCUGGUUUCUCUCUCUGUUAUUGGGCGAUUUGGUGUGACAGUGGCCUACAAUUCUGGAGCUCAAUAUGCCACUGAACUGAUACCGACUUGUGUGCGAGGACAGGGCGUGGCAGCUGUACACGUAGCUGGCUAUGCUUUUACCUUCUUCAGCGCCUUUAUCCUUUACACUCGCAGCAUAUUUCCGCCAUUGCCAGAGGUGAUCUUGGGAGUGAUCUCUUUUCUGGGAGCUGGCCUGUGUCUGCUGCUCCCCGAGACAUUGAAUCGCACAUUGCCCACAUCGUUGGAGGAUGGUGAGAACUUUGGCAAAAAUGAUCGUUGGUUCACGUUUAGUUUUAUUGAGCGACGUUCCCAAUCGGCAACGACAUUGCAAUCCAAUUCUGGAAUGGAAUCAACUCUACACUUUUAAUUAGUUAGUUAGUUAGUAAAGUCAAGUGAAAGUUUGUGAUAAUCAAGUCAUGUGUGUGAUCAAAUAUAAUAAAGUUUAUACGCA